AAAAAAAAAAAUCCUCAUCAUAGAAUAUUUCCACAUUUGGUCAAUUGUUAACUGACUCUAGAUUUGGAGAUUGAGUUAAUCAUCAGGUUAAGAUUCCGUUGCAAAAAGAAAGAAAUCAUCGAAUCGAAUGGCGAAGGAAGAAGGUGAAAAUGGUUUUUCAGAGCGGAAGAGGCUGAAGAGAGUGGCAUUGGCGAAGGACAUCAUAGUGUCAGAUAGUCGAGCGAAAGCGGAAGCGGCGUUGACGCCUUCGAAUGUCGUAAUCAAACACCAUGGCAAGGACAUUCUCAAGAAGUCUCAGCGGAAGAACAGAUUCCUCUUCUCCUUCCCUGGACUACUCGCCCCUCUUCCUGCUCAAGGAGGCAAGAUCGGUGAGCUCAAGGAUUUGGCCACCAAAAACCCCAUUCUCUACCUCCAUUUCCCCAAGGGCCGAUUGAAAUUGUUUGGGACUAUUUUAUAUCCCAACAACAGAUAUCUGACGUUACAAUUCCCUAGAGGUGGCAAGAGUGUCACCUGUGACGACUACUUCGAUAAUAUGAUUGUAUUUUCUGAAGCAUGGUGGAUUGGGACAGAAGAUGAGAACCCCGAAGAAGCUUGCCUCGAUUUUCCUAAUGAUUUUAAUGAGGGACAACUCGUUGAAUGUGACUUCAAAGGUGGAGCAGGUUCCACAUCUUUGAUUAAUAAGCCUGCCGGAAUGACAUAUGUAGAACCACAGUCUCCUAUAUCUGAAGAGCUUGAAGUUGAUUUAUCUGACUCUGAGAAAAAUUUAAAGGAUUUGAUCAAAGCAACACCAGUUCGACAUUCACAGAGAACCGCUGGGAAAUCAUUCAAUUUUGCAGAUGCUUCUUCUGGGGAUGAAUCUGUCAAGAGUGAUGCUGAUGUAUCAGAAGGGGAAGGAAAAAAAGUUGAGGAAGUUGAUUCUUCAAUCACAAAAUAUACUAGUGGAAAGACUGAAAAUCUCUGCUCUGUAAACCUUGACAUUGACAAUAAGGGUGCUGUAGAAAGGGGUCAAUUUCCUGAACAGAAUAAUGCUAUGUCAGUGUCUAAGUCGAAGAGACUGCCUCGUAAUGCCACUACAGCAACUACAUCUAAGGAAGGGUCUGGCAGUAAUCAUGGUUCACUUGUUCAGGCUACUAUAUCCACACUGUUUAAGAAAGUAGAGGAGAAAGCACCAAGAAAUCCAAGGAAAUCUCCAUCUCCAAAAGUUUCCGGCCAGAAGUUGCAGCAUCCUAAUUCAAAAAGGAAGAAUAAUGAGGAUGAAGGACCUAGGAAAAAGGCAAAAGUUAUCAAGGAAAAAGAUAUUGGAGGAAGUAUCACGGGAAAGAGAAAGGAAGUUGAGGGAGGAGGGAAGGACAUAUUACUUGCAUAUUACAAAAGAGGCAGAGAUUCAAAGGAUUAAAGAUGAUGAAAUUGAACAAUUCUCAAGCUCUUCACAGGAUGCUGAGGGAAGUGAUGAAGAUUGGACCACCUAAGAUUCUAAUGCCAUUGUCAGGAAACACCAAUAUAGUUUUCAACCAAAUGAUGUAUAUUAAUUCCCAGUGAAAUUAUAGUGCUCUAGGAGCUCACAGGCUUCUAAGUGAUCUUUGAAACCUGGUCAUACUGCCACAGCCUUAACCCUUUGUUUUGGGGGAGUUAAAGUUUAUUUUUGUUACUGAAAUAUAACAAAGAAACAAAAAUUUCCUUCAUGAGUUGGCGUCUGGUGUGGAGGAAAAGUUGCUGUCUGACUCCUCUUUAUAGGUAAAUGCUCAGGUCGUGAAUUACAACUGUUCUAUUUUGAAUGCUGAA